AUGUCUUUUGGCUCGUCCCUCAGCAGAGACGUCCCCGCACCCGUCCCGCACCUCGUCCACACCCUCGCACAGCCCCGCACUUCCGUCCUCAGCAUCUCCACGGACGGCGCGCGCAUAUACUCCGGCAGCCAGAGCCAGCACAUCGCGGUAUGGUCCAGCACCACCUUCACCCUCGAGGCCACCCUCCGCGGCCACACCGGCAGCAUCCUCGCCCUCGAGUACGCCAAGGACAGGCGCUGGCUCUUCAGCGCAUCCGCCCACAAGUUCUUCGACAGCCUCCCGCGCUACCAGCGCAUCGCCUCACUCUCCGCCGCCGCCUCCUACACCUCCUCCUCCUCCCACGGCAACAACGCGAACGACGACCCCGACGACCCCGACGUCGUCGCCCGCGCCCGCUGGGGCCAGGUCUCCCAGCUCGACGUCCCCCGCCCAAACGUCAUCGACUCGGCCCAUUUCGGCUACGUCUACUGCAUGGCCCUCUUGCCCAGCUCCAAUCAACACCCACUCCAGCUCGUCACCGGCAGCGGCGACGAGACCAUCAAGCUAUGGGAGUGCACCCCCGAUCCGCAGCUCGUGCACACCUUUGACUGCUGCCACGGCGCCGUCCUCUCCCUCGCCGCCCGCGAGGAGAGCGUGUACGCCGGCUGCCAGGACGGUUACGUCAAGGUCUGGGACACCCUCACCCGCGCCCUCGUGCGCACCAUCAUCGUCCAGGAGGGCGUGGACGUGCUGUCGCUGUCCUUGCUCCAGUCGGACGUGUACACCUUCUCCGCCAACGGCCAGGUCAAGCGCUACUCGGACACGUACGACUGCACGGCCUCGUGGCGCGCGCACGACGGCAUCGCGCUCUCGUCGAUCGUCUCCCGCGCGCCGGGUGCGGUGGGCGACGCGGGCUACGUGCUCCUGUCUGGCGGAAACGACGACACCGUCAAGGUGUGGGACAUCGCCCCGCCGCACGUGCCGCGCGCCGCGCCGGACGACUGCACGGGCGUGAGCGACGUGCUCGUGUACGCGCUGUCGAGCUUCGUCGCGCUCGCGAGCGUGAGCGCCAGCGCCGACGCGCACCGCGAGGACUGCAGGCAGGCGGCGACCUGGCUCGUCAAGUGCCUGCACCAGCUCGGCGCGGACACGCGCACGCUGUCGACGGACGAGGAGCACAAUCCCGUCGUGUUUGCGACGUUCGAGGGGACGGGGACGCAGGCGGGCAGGAAAAAGCCGCGGAUCUUGUACUACGGGCACUACGACGUGAUCGCCGCACCGCGCGACGGGUGGGACUCGGACCCGUUCCGGCUGAGCGCGCGCAACGGGUACCUGUACGGGCGCGGCGCGACGGACGACAAGGGCCCGACGCUCGCGGUCGCGUGCGCCGCCGCGGCGCUGCGCAAGGCGCGCAAGCUCGGCGUCGACCUCGUGUGUCUCGUCGAGGGCGAGGAGGAGACGGGCAGCGUCGGGUUCAGGGAGGCCGUGCGGCGGCACAGGGACUUGAUCGGGCCGAUCGACGCGAUCCUCGUUAGCAACUCGACGUGGAUCGGGUGCGACACGCCGUGCAUCACGUACGGCCUGCGCGGCGUGGUGCACUGCAGCAUCGAGAUCGCGUCGCACCAGAAGGAUCUGCAUUCCGGCGUCGAGGGCGGCGGGAUCGACGAGCCGAUGCAAGACAUGGUCCAGCUGCUCUCGACGCUGAUGGGGCGGGACAGGACGGUGCUCGUCCCGGGCUUCUACGACCGCGUGCGCCCGCAGGACGCGGAAGAGAGGGAGCUGUUCAAGCGCCUCGAGGCGGUCACGCAGACGCCGGCGGCCGCGCUCGCGGCGCGCUGGCGCGAGCCGUCGCUCACGAUCCAUAACGUCGAGGGGUCCGGCCCGCGCAACCCGACGGUGAUCCCGGGGACCGUGCGGGCGCAGGUGUCGCUGCGCAUCGUGCCGGACCAGGAUCUGGACACGAUCGCGCGCGCGCUGUGCGCGCACGUGCGCGCGUCGUUUGCGGCGCUCGCGAGUCCGAACAGUCUCAAGGUCGCGGUGGACCACACGGCGGACUGGUGGCUGGGCGACCUCGCGCACCCGUGGUUCCGCGCGCUGGAGGGCGCGAUCCGCGACGAGUGGGGCACGGAGCCGCUGCGCAUCCGCGAGGGAGGGUCGAUCCCGUCGGUGCCGUUCCUCGAGAAGGAGCUGAACUGCCCCGCGCUGCAUCUCCCGAUGGGCCAGAGCUCGGACCAAGCCCAUCUGCCGAACGAGCGGAUAUCAUUGACGAAUCUGCGCCGGGGGCAGUCGGUCGUCGAGCGGUUCCUCAUGGCCGUCGCGGGCGCGGGCGCGGGCACGCGCACGGCGGACACGCUGGAGCGGCGGUGAUGCGCGUGUGUGGAGUAUCGGCGUGGCUUGUUAGGUGCCGAGUAGAUGUGUGUUGUUGUCCGAGUAUCCUAAAAAUAUGCGCCCUCGCGCUUUCUGUAGGGAUGUGUCGUCGCAGAGUCGUUGUAGAGGCUUCGACACGCUGUGUGUACUAUGCAAAAGAUUGUGUAUUUCUGG